AUGUUUGUCACACGACCGAUUUCACUUGGCCGUUCGCUGGUGCGAUUUGCAGCUACGCCUUCGGCGUCCGUAGCGUCUGGCACCGCGUUUGCAGCACGUCUCAAAAAGUCGACCAACAUCACCGGCCUCAACGUUUCGGGCUCGCCUCUCUCCGAACUCGAAUCGCGAUACACCAAGACACUCUCGCUGCUAUCCACGCUUCCAGAGUCAUCGGUCUACCGCCAAGCUACCACCGCACUCACUCAGCAGCGACUGGAUAUCGUAGCCAAAUUCUCUAACGACGCAAAAGCGAUUCAGAGCGAGCCCGAACUUUUGGAAGCUCUGUACGAACGCGCGGAACAGGAGUUGGACGCAGGUCAGCUCGAACAGGUGCUCGAACAGGCAGUGGCCGAGUACAGGCUGGCUGCCAAGAUGAUCGAUUGGAAAGCAUGGGAACCACUCGAGCACCCGCCUGCUCCAGGUCAGUGGAGCUACUUCAGCAUGGCCGAAGAGGCCGGUGAAGGUGGAGAGGAUCAGAACGUUGACGCUGGAAAAAAGUAG